UCCGACGUCUGUGACGUGUCGCUCUCGCCUUGAGAAGCGCUGUGGAGCGGCAGUGUGAGAGGAACUGCCCUGACGAGCGCAACCUCCAGUGUGUAUGUUGAGUGCUGCUGUGUUGUGGCUCUGUGUACCCAGCACCCGACGCCUCUGUGUACCUUACCACACGUACCCCAGUGGGUAGAUGUGUUGUGGCCGUGUGUACCCCGGCACCCAGGCUGUGUGAAGCUGUUUUGUGACCGUGUGUAUCCCAGCACCCAGGCUGUGUGAAGCUGUUUUGUGACCGUGUGUACCCCGGCACCCAGGCUGUGUGAAGCUGUUUUGUGGCCGUGUGUAUCCCGGCACCCAGGCUGUGUGUACCUCUAUAACACUCACUGCAGUUGUUUUGCAGCAGUAAAGUACUCAUGGAAUGUACUGUGUUGCAGGUUGUGUAUCAAGGAUGCAGACUAUUUCGUGAUUAAUAAGUGUUGCUGCUCACAGCUAAGCUCAAGAUGUUUGGAGAGCGUGGAACAGCGGGGGAGUGCUGGCUUCCUCGCGGUCACUGAUUAACCGUUUGAUAAACCGUUUUUAAUGAGCGUUGUGUUGUAUGGAGCGCUGAAACCUCUAUAUAAUAAUCUAUUGAGAAUACUAAGCUUUACUACAGCGAUGCAGGUUGAGGUGAUCGUGUCUGCAGUAACAGUGUCGCUUCUCUGCUUGACGGCCUCAGCUGCAGGGGACACAGAGGCCCUCGACUACGAGUACAUACCGGGGCUGGACGAUAUCUACCCCGUCGACCUGUCUUCAGCAAGCAGUGUUGUGUAUAGAACGCGCGUAUUCAACGCAACUUUGCGUAAAUGUCGGUGUCUGGGUGACCAGGUUUGGGACGGGUGGAAGUGUGUGGACACUGUAACUCUGGUGGCAGUGCACGACCCGACGACUGGCCAUGCUUUUGCCGUCCAGACCGUCGAGUUUGGAGAAGUGGUGACUGGGGAGCCUCAGUGCCCGGAGGGUCACGCCCUCGUCGUUCUCGAUUCUAAUCGUCAUUCGGAGCACCAAUUCUCCCUUCUGGAUUCUGGUGUCCUGUACUGGCAACGUCUCCCGUAUGAAUGGUACUGUAUUGAUCACACCAUGGAUGAAAAUGGGGACCCCGCUUCCUGGGAGGCGCAUGUUUGUCUUCCACCCCCAUAUGUGCCUCGUUGCUGCCCAAAAGGCUUCGUCCUCGGGACCAACAACUCUUGCAUCGUCCACGCUAGUCAAGUCAUUUCACCGCCAAUUAUGGUAGACGGGGUGCCUGUUGAGUGGUCCGCCGGAACAAAUGGAGAUAUUUAUGAAGUAACAUGUGAGGGAUUUGAAGAUAUGACGAUGAUACCUCUGAAUACUAAUGGAUCGUAUCUUAACUACCUGUCAGGUAAUGCAUCGUUAGUAUGGUUACCGCCCAACUCGCAAGAUACCAAACAACAGCAGGACUACUGCCUGGGUGUGGAGGCGGACAGAGAAGGCUACGUUGUCAAAGUCUGCUACGAGGACCUCGUCGCCAGCCACAAGAAGCAGUGUAGCAACGACACCUGCGUCCGCAAAUGUUGUCCAGAAUAUCAAUUAAUAAUUGGAACCAGUUGCGGUCCUGGCGUCAACGAAAGCGAGUUUUGGAAACCAUUUGUGUAUUCUGACUUGAGCGACAAUGGGCCAUCAGCCGUCGAUUUAAAACUGGUUUAUGGCUUUCCUCUUUGUAAAAAUAUAUUCGUAGGCGGAAGUUCUGACUCAGGAGGCGAGGAACUGACCCUUCAGGUUGAUGGAUAUCUUCACGUGUCUGGCUUUCAAACCCCGUAUCCACCAGACCAAUACUGUAUGGAUAAGUUCCGGCUCGCAGACGGUUCAGCUCCCACUCAGGCGCUGAUCUGCUUCGGCAGCAGCCCGCAGCCCACGACGUGUACCACAGUGGCUAAGAGCUACCUAUACCCGAGCCUCCUGCUGGUGUCGUGCGUGUUCCUGAGCGUGACCCUGGCCUCGUACGCCAGCGUGCCGGAGCUACGCAGCAAGCUACAUGGAAGAUGUCUGCUCUCUCUCGUCUCCUCACUCCUCCUCGCCUACAUCUUGCUCUCCAUCAUAUUCCUCACCAAGACCAAGAUUCCCGGGGGACUGUGCAUAACCAUCGCUUCGGUGCUUCUGUGGAGUUUCCUGGCAGCCUUCUUUUGGCUUAACGUCAUGUGCUUCGACAUCUGGAGGACUCUCAAGGUGAUGCGGACGUCGUCUGCAAACGAAGAGUGGAUCUGUCGGCGAUACAAGCUGUACAGUCUCUACUCCUGGGGCUGCCCGCUGGCCAUCACCCUGGUCGCUGUCGUGGUGGAAACUCUCCCGGCCAAACACAACGUUAUACGACCCAACUUCAGGGACACGUGUUGGUUUACAAGCCCCAAGUCGUUCUGGGUGUACCUGUAUGGCUACGUGUUAGUGCUGGUGCUCGCCAACACCACCUUCUUCCUGCUGGUGGCCUACAUACUCCUCAAGUCACACAACGACCCAAUCUUGAAGCGCACUCGCGAACAGAACCGCGAGAGGUUGUGGCUGUACGCGAAGCUUUUCCUGGUUAUGGGGGUCACCUGGCUUGCCGACGUCAUCUCUUAUCAGGAGGGGUCCUGUGGCGCCUGGAUCCUGACUGACAUCAUCAACGCUCUUCAGGGCUUCACCAUCUUCCUGGUCUUCGUCUGCAAGAGAGGCACACUACUCAAGCUCCGAGAGCAGUGUUGUGGUGGGUGUUUAGUGGGCGGCGGUGAGGCGGCCUCCACCUCCAGCACGCGGACCACAGCAGUCCAGCAGAGUGCCUGCAGCCUCAGCCCCCGCUCCUCCAAUGCUGACAGAACCACGGGCAAGGGCAUUGAUCACUCCCAGGGCCACAGUCCCAACACCAUUGCAUUGACGACACUGGUCGAGGUUAACGGCAACUCUCCAGAGCAACAGAGCCCACCAGAGCAACAGAGCCCACCAGAGCAACAGAGCCAACCGGAACAACAGAGCCAACCGGAGCAACAGAGCCACUGUUUCGCCUCUCCUUCACCCACUGCCUCAGUACCCGACUGCCAAGUGUGCCCAGGAGAUUACACCAGUGAAGACGAAGACUCUGUCAUGAUACCUCAUCGUUCGCUAGUCAAUGGAGACGGCCAGGUCGGUGUCGUCAUUGAGGACGAGGCUUGCUUCAACCCUAUGGAUAUACCACUGACACCCACUGAGCCCGAAUCACUGCUGCAGAAGGAUUCGGUUUUAUGAGAGAUGCUUAGAACACGUCAUGAAGAACAUAUCAAGUUCAAGUGUGUUUAUUGAGACAAGAAAGAAAUACAUCUCAAAGGGAUAGAGUAGCUUAGGCUAUUUCUACCCCCCUCCCCCCCUAGGACAUAUCAGAGCUGAUGUAGAGAGACGCGGGGCGAAAUGUCUACUUCAGCUCCACACACUCAUUAUUUAGACCUCAGCAUGUAUUAGGCCUAGUAUGGUUAGGUUAGGUUUUAUUUGCAACAAAUAUCAAACCUUUUCAGGUUAGGUUAGGUUUUAUUUCAAAUAUAAAACCUUUUCUCGUUUAUCCAAAUUCAUUAGUACCAAAUUCUACUUUCUAAUUGUCCACCACGUCAAUAUAUGUACGUCAACAUAUGUAAUAUAUGUUCUCAGUUACUCUUAAGUAAUCUAAACAGGAGGAUAGGCUGGAAUUUUCAUGUUCAAUAGUGUUGUAGUGUUUGAUGGCUGCAGGUUCUAUACCCGUUGUUCCUGUGUUGACGCAAGCCUCAUUGUUCCUGUGACGCAAGCCUCAUUGUUCCUGUGACGCAAGCCUCAUUGUUCCUGUGACGCAAGCCUCGCUCCUGAAAAUGACGCAAGCCUUCUUCGUGUGUGUGACGCAAACCUUGUUGGUUUUGCGUGCACGAUGGACAUACUUAUGGCCGAAGAGAAAAUUUGAAUGCCGAGAUUUGAUAAAGUCUGUACUAGCAAACAGUUAUCUACACCUAGUAUACUCUCAUCUUGGCAUACUUAUGGUCGCAAAUCCUUGGUAUCCAAGGUCGUGAAUGGUUCGCACAUGUAUACUUUGCUAGAACUACAACGGGGGUAACGUGUAAACUGCUGUUGUGAUGACCGUGUUAGUUAUUAAGUUAACGAAGGUGUCUAUUUCUGUGCAUGUGAUCUACGUCCUCGAUUCACAACGGAGAUCCCAGGGUUCGACAGGACAGUAGGUCGGGUACAUCCUUUCACCUGAUAUAUCUGUUCAUCUAGCAGUGUCUUGGAACCUUUGAAACGAGCCAAUUCCACCAGGCAAUUGUUAUAGGUUGCAUAGGGAGGGGGGGGGAAAGCUUCCUAGGCUCUAGAGGGGCCUCAAUAAGCUUCAGCUCAAGCUUCCUGUCCCUGACAACGGAAUUAUUUUGGUUUUAAUUUGAUUGAUAGAGAUGUUCGCUGUCCUGUUGCGUUUAAUAGCCGUCACGGCUUGCUUAUACUGGGUUAAUAAGCCUUAAUUAUUUUCCGCAUUCCACAGUGAACUGUAAUUAAGAAUAUGUGAAAUAUUCGUCUUCAGGUAAUCUCGACUUCAAGGAACUGUUGGCUACAGUAUUAAGUUCCUCAAUAAGUAAUCCAAUCAUUGUCUUGUUUCGUUAUUUUAUAUCUAAGAGUAAAUGUGAACUGAACGAGGUUGACUUUUUCUUUAAGAUAGGUUAGUUGUAAGCUGUUGAUCUUGAUUGUUUUGUCGGGGACAAGAAGCCUACGUAUAUAUAUAUACUUUAGGCUUGUAUUGAGGUCCUCCUCACCACAGUCAAAUUAGUGAACCUCCCCACAACAGUUUUCAAACUCCCAGGUUACUGCUAGGUGAACGGUGGCAUUAGGUGAAACAUGCCCAACCAUUUCUGUCCUGCCUGGGAAUCGACUGCUAUACAUGGUAUUACUGGCCUGACGCCUUUUGAUAGUUAUUUCUGAUCUUGUCAGUCACCAGUGAUCGUUAUGGUGGAGCUAGGAAGUAAACGGUACAGAUUGCCCGAAACGCUAUGCGUAUUAGUGGCUUUAGGUAUUGUAUGUACUAGCUCUAUCUAUAAAUCCAACUUUAUGUUUGUAAAUCAACUAUGUAUGUACUUUUCCCGAAUAAAGAAUUUGAAUUUGAAAAAUUUGAAUUUGAAGGUUCCACUUAACCGUGUCUGGCGCCAAAAUUCUCUAUCCAGGUGGAAAUGUCGAAGUGUGAUGUUGUAAACAGAGUUUGACGGUGUUUGUAAACACUGUCGCAAGAACAGGUCUACUGUAAGCUUUGGCCUGCGUUCACUGUCCAACAUUAUUAUUAUUAACAUCUUUAAAGAUUAUUCUUUUCAAAUGUUGGAACUUGUAAUAAUCGAUUAGUUUGUUUUCCAACAGCCAUAGUUCGAAUGCCUGUUAGGUUGAUUCAUGGUCAUUACUGUACUGAUCAGAAGAACCUAAAUCCUUUACUACCAUUAAAAUUCUGAAGUCGUACAACUCGCAUACACUAUAUAUAGAACAAAAUGAUAGCUUUCAUUUUCUCCAAGUAAGAUAUCCAAGUAUCCUAACCUAAGAUAGAUUACGUAGGCUUUGUAAAAAAAAAAAAAGAAGCGAUGA